UGUGUUCUGUUGUAGAAGUUUUGGAGUAAAGAUAACUUUCUCUUUUACUUCAAUCAUAUUAAUUUGACUGUUUGAUGAAUUUGCCAUGGAAAUUUUUACGAAUUAAAUUAUGCUUCGAUAGUGAUUUUUACGUGCAACGGUUUUAAAAUGCCUAAACAACAGCCUGCAGAUACUAGGAAAAUUGUUCAAGAUGUUAAUUUUCCUAGACAUUAUUGCAUAUAUAUUUUAAGAAAAUAUGAUUUUGAAGGGUUCUACAACACCAAAUUCAUUGAUGAUCCUAUCACUCGACGAACUGGUUUUGCCAUCAGAGCAUUCAAUACAGAAAUCUCGCAAAUCAGAGAUGUUACAACCAUGGAUACUAUUGCAAAGAUGAGGUUCCAAUUUUGGUAUGAUGGUAUUGAAAAUGCUUUGGCCCUUGGACAAUCUACCGAGCAUCCUUCGCCACAGCAACAACCUCUUCUUCAUGAGAUUUCUGAGUGCAAUCGGUUAUGCUCUGGUAAGCUGACAAAAACUUGGUUCAAUCGACUAAUCGAUGCUCGUAAUUCACCUGAAGGCUUAAGCAAUUUUCCUUUCAAUACAAUGAAGGAACUUGAAACUUAUAGCGAAAACUCAGUGUCACCAGUUUUCUAUCUAAUAAACGAGGCCAUGUUAUCCACCUGUAAAUCUUCAUCUAUUAAACCUGAUAUUCAGUUAAAAUUAGAUCACAUUGGAAGCCAUAUUGGUAAAGCUCAAGGAUUAGCUAAUGUUAUUCGUGGUAUAAUCCAUAAUGCCAGAUUUAAUCGAUGCUAUGUUCCGUCCGAAUUAUUGGCGACACAUAAUGUUACUCAUCAAGAUUUGCUGAAAAGCAAUAUAAACACAAAUCCAGCGUUGAAAGAAGUCUAUUUUGAUAUUGCUUCGUUAUCACACCAACAUCUAGUCAAGGCUAAAAAAUUAACGCAAGAUUCCUCUAUUAAACAAUUUACCUCAGCAUUUCUUCCGAUAAUUACUUUGGAAAGAUUUUUGGAUAAAUUGAGGAAAAACAAUUUCGACGUCUCUAAAACGAACUGGGGUAGAAAAGAUCUGUUUUUUCCGAUUUCAUUACUUUUACGAUCAAAAUUAUGGAAAUAUGGUCGUAUUGUUUAAAGGAUUCACGAAUCGAGUUGUUCUUGUGAGUAGAGUGGAUUUAGAAAUAAGUUGUCUUCAAAAUAUACAUAAAUUUAGUUCUUUAAAUCACCAAUAAAAGUAAAAGUACUACGAAA